AUGCCUGCUCACCUGUUGAUCACCCGGCCUCCUCCUCCUCCUCUGAUCCUCAUCUCCAUCCGUGCCAACACCCACCCUCUCUCUCCUUCUCCUGGCCAUCUCCUUCAAAUCCCCACAAGUGGUCUAGCCAAGCCCGAUUCCUUGCACCAGGGAGUGCUACUGCUGUACACUCUCCUCCCCCUCUACUUUGGCCUUCUCCCCACGGAUGUGGUCUACUGCCAUACAGGCUUGUACCAGAUGCCCUUGCGCUCAUCCGCACCACCCCUCUUCCCAGUCAGGCAUCGGUCCUUGCCUCCAAUGUCUCCACUGGCUGGCUCAGCACUGGCCUAG